GUGAGUGAGAGGAAGGGAGACAGAGGAAGGAGAGGAGUGACUGCCACACACCUGAUGUGCUGGAGUUUGAAGAAAUCACCUUGCUACACAAGCAAAGGACGGCAGAGUGUGAGCGGACGGGCCUGGGGUCUGCGCUGCUCCACAGCCCUCCCUGUCUGUGAAGUGUGCCGAAAGCGUCUCCACUCUGCAGCGUUUAUGCGUCCCAGCUCCCGUCUGCCGCAGCUAAAUGACACAAAGAGGCCGAGACUGAGACAAACCGCUACAAUCAUGAGUCUUUUGCUUGUGUUGGCUUUACAGAAAAACCCUUGAGGUCUGCUUUGCUUCAGUGCCAGAUCCAUAGUCCACCAUGAGGGUGAAGAGAUGAGCUUGCAGCGAGCGGCCCUGUCCCUGCAGUUUCUGCCUCUGGACAUUUGCUGAAUCCCAUUACCCAGAAGAUGAUGUCCCUGUCUCCCAGAUAGCAAUUCUGAGGACCAGGCCUUCACAGCACUGACUGUGCAUCAUGGCAGGAGAGACUCAGCAAAUGCAUACAGUCAAAGAGCUGGAUGCUGAGUCCAAACAGCAGGAUGAGGGGACAGCGCUGGAAAAGCAGAGCGACAAAACCACAAAGGCGUCUUCAGAGCACUUUUCAAGCACAGGCACUGAGGUUGGGCUCAGCACCGGAGGGGCCAAGGCUAAAAAACUAGAAAAAGAAAGGAGCUGUCCUCAGCAGCGUGAAGCUGUUAUAAGGCCACAGCAGACAGGGAAGAUUGACUUCAGUUCACUGCAAAACAGAUCGAAAUUUGUCACUGACAGAACUUGGUCAACCGGGAAAGGAAGUCCCCAGUCACCAAGUGGAAAGGGUCGUAGCCGAGAGAAGGGGAAGCGGUCGGGAAAGACAGAGCGUGGCAACCCGCAGCAGCUGUACAGACUAAGCAUUGCAAAUCCACGCACCAUUGGCAUAGCCUACCCACAACAGAAGGUUCUGCCACCCAAGAAGCUGGAACCUAGCCGUGGCCCAGUCUCAGGCAGCUACAGAUUCAACAUUCCCACCAUGACAGAGAGAGAGGCCGAGCUGCAGCAGCAGGAGCUCAGCUACAGCCGCUACUUCCAGGAGAAUCCCUCUAAUAUUAACUCCACAAGCUAUACCUCACAGGCACUGGGUUCCUCAAGCGGAACAUCAUCACACUCACACCCAUCUCUGCCACAGCAACAGAAGAAGGCAUCGAUGGAGACUAACAGCACGCAGGCUGGUAGUCAGCUGAUGAUGACCGAGUGUCCACUUAGUGGCUCAAAUGUAUGGCAGUCGCCGGAACGGACCUAUAAUGGUGCUAAUUAUGGGGUUUCAUCACAAAAAUCCACUGCGCUCUCAGAAACCAGUAAGGCGAGUGCAUUUGUGCCUGCUCAGUUUCAGUAUGGAUAUCACUUACUGGAGCAAUCAACCUCUGAAUCUUUUGCCUGUGAACAGAACCCCCAGCCUCACAUCACCCACAACUCUUUUUCCUUCUCACCUGGAAAUGGACAAAGCACUUCUCAGAACAGCUCUCAGUUCAGUAUCGACCAUCAGCAGGAUAGAAGCUCGUAUCCCAACCCACAACAGCCCCAAUAUAUUCAAGGGGUGGCGUCAUCCAUCCAGUGUUCCAGAACUCAGAGUGAAGACUCACCCAGCAGUGACAGCUCAGGUUCCAGCUCACAGCAGUCUGAACAGGGGAAGACUGCUCUCCCUGAGAGCUCAGACAUGAGUUCUCAGGCAGAUUGUCAGGAUGCAGCUGUCACAUCAGGGAGUAACAGAAACUGUCACCCCAAAGAUGCAGCUGCCAGCCAGAGAACACUCAUGCAGGCUGGUGUGCAUGCAAGAAAUAUUUCACAGAGUCCAGAUUCCCCGAUGCACUUUCCGAACAGAACAUUCAACAAUCCUGCACCCAGCAGCAUUCACACGGGUUCAUCACCUUUUGAUAAAUCCAUCAACAGUAAGGUUGUGAACAGGCUGCCGCACUCAUGGGAGGGAACUAAUAAGACAUAUUCAACAUCAGAUCAAAACACCAUUCAGUACUCUGUCAUGAACGAGAAGUUCCAAUUCCAGAAUCAGACAACGAUAGACCACAGGUUAAAUUCAUCUAAAAGCAACAGAAUGCCCUGGCAGCAGAUACGGCCAAACUCUGCCAUGCCGAACCUCAACAGAAUAGAAUCAUCAAGGCAAAUAAACAAUCAGAAAAUUGCCUACAUGGUCUCACCAUCUGACUGGCAGGAUGAGAGUAAAGUGCACAAGCAUAACUCAUUCCAGAGCAGCAGAACUGGUGAUGUUCUUUCAAACCAAAGACACGAAAGUGUAAAACACAACAGUACCACUGUCUCGGCUUUUAAACUGGAAAUGAACCACACCCAGUUAUGCGAGGCCAAGAAUAAGUCAGGGUACUUUGGACUCAAUCAGACCCUUCCAACAGGUCCAUCAAGAAACUACAGCUACCCUCCACUACAGGUCCCACCCAUGGGGCUAUUAAAGGUGUCACCAUAUGAGUCUCCUUUGCCAUCUCCAGUCCAUAACCCUGCAUCAAGCAGCGCCUGCUCUUCUCUCUCUCCGGCAUCCACCAGCCCCGUUAAUAUUGGCUCAGAAGACAGUCAGAUGACAAAGUCAGCCCCACAACAUCUGUUCUAUCAACCUCCCCAAGGCAAAACUCAGUUGCAAUCAGAUCACAUGAGCACGCAUUCCCACCAGUUUCAUUCUGACGCUCCACGAAGCCUUUCCUACGUGCCAGACAGAGCCAAAGAUGAAACAAUGAACUUCCUGCAAAACACCACACACACAAAAGUGGAUAGCAGCAAAGGCUACGUAGAUAGUUUUGGUGUGGAGCACCACCAGCCUCCUCCUCCAUAUUCUGCACACCAGCUCUUAGCCAGCUCACUGGCCACUGCAAAUCUGGAUCAGUUGGAUGUUCUCCUGACGUGCAAACAGUGCGAUCAGAAUUUCAGCAACCUGGCUUCAUUUUUAGGCCACAAGCAGUACUGCGCUCAGAACACACUUGCACAAAAUGAGCUCAAAGAUUUAUCAAAGAUGGAAGACAGCAGGAAGUUCCAUGCAGAACCAGUUAAAGCAGCAUUAGCUGUGUCGAGUACUUCUCUUUCAAGGUGUCCAUCUGACCUUCACCUGUCAUUGCUGGGCCUCAACAAGAACGGAGAACUGAUUUCUGACAGUGAAACAAAAGGAGACACCAAAGAUGACCCAUUAAAGCUGGGUUUGUUCUCUGGUCCCGGUAACCUUCAUGUCUCACUGCCGGAGCUGGAGAUGGAGGAUCCCAAGUUAGACAGCCUAAUAACAGAAGCUCUCAAUGGACUUGGAUAUCAGUCUGACAAUGCAGAAAUAGACAGCAGUUUUAUUGAUGCAUUUGUUGAUGAUGACCUCACCACAGUAAAAACAUCCUCAAACAAAAUAUGUUUGAAAACUAAAGAAUCUGCACUUCCUGAGAACAAAAAUAAACAAGCAGCCGAUGAAAGAUCCUUCACACAGGAAAAGUGUUACAACUCUCAUGUUGAGAGCAAAGGGAAAAUGGCUCCAAGCUUGCAGGAAGAUGAACAAAUUAACAUUAAAAAAGAUGAAUCUCAUAAAAAUUCAGAAAUUGACUUCACGGAUAAGGCAUCAGAACAAGAGAGCAAAGUGAAAGAAACGAGAAAGCUGUGUAAAAGCGCGGACAAAAACAUGAGCUCACAAAGGUUUCUCCUAUCCGGCAAGUUUUCUGAGCAUUGUGGCUUAAAAAGCUUUCAGGACAGCUCUGCACUUCGGGGGUCAGCAGCGUUGCAGGCCUCCACGUCUCCAACCUCGAGAGCUGCAGCUAAAGAAAGCAAAAGGAAAAGCACUGGAGGGGGCACCUGGAGCAAAGAACUCAUCCACAAAAUAGUGCAGCAAAAAAAUAAAUUCCACAAGCUUCACGUUAAAGGCACCAAAAAUCUCCAGUUUUCCCUAGUGAUGGAGCGUCUCACCCCAUCAGUGCAGAAUCCUGCGUUUGGAGAAUAUGAUUACGUAUCCGAUUCAGAUGAUGAGUGCGAGCCUGUGAAGAUAGCCAGCCAAGGCCGGCUGAAUCAAAGCAGCCGCUGCAAAUAUACAUACACCAAGCAGUGCAAGUGGCGAGCGAGAAGUGAGAGAGACCAGGCGGCAUGGAGGCAUGAGUCCAAAGAGUGCUUUGAGAUGAAGAAAAGUGAGGAGCUGUCUCUAACACCGGAAAAACACCAAAGACUCAGGAGGCGAGGCAGCCGGUCGUCCACGAGCAGCGACCUCAGCACAUCCGUAAGCCCCAAAAGCACUGACCGCACUGACUCAGACAGCGAGAGAAAGAAAGACUCUCCAGAGCAGAAACACCAUGACAGAUCCAGCCCACAGAAGCUUUUUAAAGAGUCCAGUACACUUGCACUGACAUUCACUAAAUCUGUCAAGAAAUAUAACAUCGACAAGACAAAAUGUUCUGACAAAAAAGGUAUUGCGGAGGACCCGGAGAAAUAUUCAAAUCAAGAAUUUUCCGAUCUGCUCCCAUCUACACAGAAAGUAAGAGAGAUAGACAAGAACUCUGAAAAAAGAGGAAGCUCUCAGGCCAAAUCAAGAGACAAAGUUGUGCCUCAGAAAAGUGAAAACAGUUCAGUUGUCAACACCCAGCAGAGAAUAGACAAUUCGAGCAACAAAGAUGGACCAACACAGUGCCACAGCACAGAUAAAAAAACUCUGGAGGUUAAGUCACCCCCUCCUGUUAUCACAGGAGAAGCUGAUUUUAAUGUCGACAGAAACACAAAGGACAAAACAGGCGAGGGGCCAAAAACUGCACAGCCCCGGCUAUCAGGCGCUGCCACAUUGGAGAAACAGAGUGAAAGUGUCUGCAUGGUGAAAGAGGCAAUUAUUUUGGUCAAUGAUCUAGACGCACACAGACCCCCAUCUCUUUGCACAUCUUUGAUGGAUGAGGUGGGCCUGUCCCCGACUGGAAGCCAGAGCCCACUGAUACAGAAAGAUGCACUCCACCUCAUGCCCUACCCCAUGGAUCAGGAGCAAGGCCUCAUCAAAUCCCCACUUUCAUUCGACACCUCCUCCAUGUUCGGGGACCUCACAGCGUUUGACAAUGGCCUAUACUCGGAGAUCCCCAUUCAGAAAGAUGGUUUUCAUUCAGUGGAGAGCACAGCUGACAAAAAGGAAGCAUUUGUCUCAUCUUUUUCUCCUUUCAUGGAACAAAGAGACUGGAAUCUCAUGGUUAACCCUGUGCUACGGGACGAGAUAUCCCAGUACAAAGGAAUUUCCGAGAAAUCUAACGAGAAAAAGUCAGAUUACAGUCACAUCCCAUUGUCUCUCCCAGAGAAAAUAAUUGACUAUAGUGCAAAUCUCAGCAGUUGUGCAUCAGAGGAUGAGCUGGAGAUCAAGAGAAUAGUAAAUGAGCUUGAAAAUCAGCUUCAGACGACUAAGCUGGAAAGCCCACCGCUCCUGAUCCACGAGGGUCAAAAAGAGCUACAAAUGAGCAAAUUUUCACCGCUACGAAUUGCUGAUGACUCUGAGCUUCAACACAAUCGGUUGAACAUCAAAUGCUCAGAUCCAACAAACCAUCACUCAGAGACUUUCACAAACCCAGAACUCCCAUGGCCCAGUGCUUUUCAGUUUGACCUGGUGGGUGAAAAUCACAGUGAAGCAGCAGCACUUAAGCAUGAGCACCUCCAUCAUGAUGUAAAUUUGGGGACCAACAGAGUGGAAAACAACACUCCCGGACAAACAAAAGAAGAUAUUUCAGAGCAAAGAAGAUAUGCUGAAAACCUCAUGAAAAGCUUGGAGGUAAUUUCAGUCUCUAUCUUCCAAAAAGAACCUAUUAUAUCGAAACACGAGGAGCCAAAUGUCAACUCUCCCACCAGUCAACAACAUGAAGAAGCUGAAUGUCAGGCCCCUGAUGCAGCUGAGAGAGAAGAUUGCUGCGAAAAGGAGGUAGUUACCUCCCAGGAGUGUAUUUCAUUGCUUUCAAAUAUCAAUGAGCAGACGGAUGAAACUAAAAUCAUUCACAAUGAGUCGCAGCCAUCUGUCCCCGAGGACUCUGACCCUUCACUUGGAGGUAAGCGGUCCGUUUCCUGGCAUGAACCUGAAGCCAGAAAAAAUGAGGAUCGUGACGCAGUAAACAAGGUUGAACCAGAUGUCAUGUCUGCUCACUGUUCAGCCAACAGUGAGGCAGAUUAUUUAAAUCCGCUGAAUAAAAACAACAGCAGAAAAGGCUGCGAUGACCCAGAGGCAGCAGAGGAAAUCACUCAUCAAUCUGAGGGUCAUCCUUCAUCACCAGCCCCAGCUGACCUUACGCAGCAGAUUGGUGAGAAAAUGGCAGGCGUGAUUAAAUCAGCACUGGAGCAGCAAUACACUAAUGACAAUAAGAAUCCUGAAGACUUCAGUUCGCCACAAGCUGCAGAGUUGAAAGUGAGUGAAAUAAUUGAGACUUCAAAGCAAGACAAUUUGAUAGCAAUCUCUGCAUCUGAAAACUCCAGCCCUUCAAAUGCAUACAGUAAAUCGAAUAUGUCACUGGAGAUGGUUAGCAAAGAUAAGCCCUGCAGCCCUGAGCUGGUUAAAACCAAUCCAGAAAGGUGCUGCUCAUCCCUCCAUGACACCCAGUCUGCAGAGGGACAAAGCAAUCUGUUGAUCCUGUCACAGCCUGACGGCAUCAUUAACGGCAAUUCCUGCAAAGUGACUCCGUUUAAUGAGCUGUUAAAAACUGACGCGGGCCUCGUCUUCGCCAAGCAAGAAGAGAUUCUCAAUGUUCAGGACAUCAAAGAGUAUCUUCCUGUUGAUUUCAUGGCAAGCCAGCAGAACUCGCCGUGCAGGGAGGCAUCAGAGGAAAGCCGCGUCUUUUUGGAAUCUGCCUCGCCGGCCAGUACUCUUUUAUUAAUUUCUCACCAAACACCCACACAGAUAUUUGACUCGAAAGGAGAUUUAAAUGCAAAGAAUAAAUGCAGCAACGAAUUUAUUGGCAGACACUCUCAAAAUGCAAAAUCUCCCGUAAUCACAGACAAUGAAGGGGCAGCAAAAGGUGAUUCGAUAAAUAGGGCAGCUGAUAUGGACUGCUCUCUGAUAAGCACACCUCAGCUGGACCUCAGAAUGAUUCCAACAUCUGACAGAGUCGGGUCCUCUGCUGUUGCUUUUAGACCUCCAGAGGUGAAAGACGAAGUUGAAAAAGGUGAUCUGAUGUAUGAUUUAAAGCUCAGCCCCUUGAACUACAACGACCUCUCAGAUGAGCCUCCACAGCUGAAUCAGUACGACUACAUACCAAUAUCACCUGCCAGUAAACCGGAGGAAGAUUUUGACACUAAGCAGAGACCCACAGAAAGCUGUGAGUCAUGUGACCUGAGUGUUAAUCCCACAAUGAUUUUCAAACAAACUGAGACAGAAGCAACGGCGCCACUUGGCUCAGAUCACGAGGCUAAACUGCAGCCAUCUGAUGAGCCCCUGGUCCUACAGCAGAAUAUGAAAUUCAAUUGUUUUUCAUUGGGUCUCACACCUGUCAUUCAAAAGACUGAGUCCUCAUGUGAUAACACAAAGACAAGCCUGCCAGUGUUUCAUGAUCCACUUCAGCCUGUUGAGGAUUUGCAAAUCCAACCUGAUCUUCUGACAAAAGCUGCAUCAGUUGAUCCAGACACUCACAAGGCUCCUUUUGAAGACGCUGCUCUUCCCAAAAAAGCCGAACCAUUCGUCAUCUGUGAAAAUCAGAAAAUUCCCCUCCCACCAGAGAAGCAGCUAUCAGCAGAGAGAGCCCCGUGUUCAACAGGUCAACAAACACACAAAGAAACAACACACAAGAAGUCACAGAGCAACGAUCCACAGGGCAAAGUACUCUGUGAGAUUUGCUUCAUGUGUUUCCGAACUGUGCCUGGUCUGAAGAGACACAAGGCCAUGAAGCAUGUAGCCAGAGCUGAGAAAUGCACACAGGGCACAACACUGAACCAUCAGGGGACUACGCUUAUUUAUGAAGCGCCGGUGAAAAAGCAAAAAGAUGAUUCACAGAGGUGUUUCCCAACAACCAAAAUAGAUGGGCUGCCUGAGCUAAGCGGCUCUCUCAUCUCUAAAACGGCGGAGAUCGAAUCGGUCCUAGAGGAAAUACCAACUGAGAUGAGCAGCGUGGCAGUGGAUGAGAUAAGCCAUCAAAACCCUCCACUGCAGGCAAAGACAAAGAAGAACAACAAAGGAAGAAAGAACAAGAGCAGUGAGCUCAAUCCUGACCCUUUCUCUGACGAGCUCCUGAAAAUAUUAAAAACAGACAUACUUCAAGCCAUAACUCCCGAAUUUAAAAGCAGUGUUCUGCAGGAGCAAAGCAAAUGCCCUGAGGUGAAAAUCAGUGAAAGAGCAGUUCCAGAAGCUCUUGGUGAAGAGUUCUUUCACCAUGUCGCUGCAGACACUUUUAACAACACAAGCCAAACUCCACCUGAAGAGCCAAAUGAGAUUAAUGAAACUGUGGCGCACAAUCAGCUUGAAGAAACUAAGGUGACAGAAAUGGCAUUUAUAGAGACGUAUACGAAAAGUAAUGUGGAAAGUGCAACUGUAGAGAAGGAGAUCAUUGGAGAUUGUAAUAAGACUGAAUCGAAAGGAGCCAAGGACAGCCUUGGCUUGGAGAUUCUUAGAAAUGUUUCAGCAGACAUGAAAUGCCCUACCAACAACCUACAUCCGCCCUCCUGUCUGAAUUCGUCCCCUCCCAGUCCGCCAGGCAUCAGCUCAGACUUAAGGGCCAUACUCGACGACGACACCACAUUCUCACAGCUUUUUCCUAGAGAUGAGGAAACUAAGAGGAAAAAGUGUCCAAGAGUGUACAGCAAAAGAAACAAAAGACAGAAAUUAUCAAUCUCUUCAGAUGCGGCUGCAGAUUACCUUCCUCCUGAAAUUUUCAUACAAAAUAAAGACCAAUACGUGGAGCCUCACAGUAUGCAGACCAUCACUGACCAUCAAAGUAAGCGCUGUGAAUAUGAGACCAUUUCCAUUGAUGAUGCCAUCAUGAUAAACAUGUGUCACAACAACACUAUAAAGGCAGACAACAAUCCAGUGCCAGAUGUUAAUCAAAACAAUCAGCAGGAUGUUUGUGAGGUUGAAAAUAAUCAUUUGAAUCUAAUUGAAAGCACUGUCAGUAAAUCUGCAGCUGAAUGGAGCUCAUCCAGUGAUUUCACUGGCUUUGAAUCUUGCCCGGUCGUGACCUCUGAGACGAGUGAUUGCAAACAUGAAGAGCCUCUGCCAGCAACACCCUGCACGAUAGAGCCACAUGUUACAGAGGGCGCUCAGUCCUUCCAAACCAUCGGUGCACAAAACAUCAAAACAGCAUUUCAGCUACCCGAGAUACAGUACUUGGACUCAGCAAAAGAUGCCCAAGUGGCUCCUCUUUCUGAGACGGUAGAGCCAGAUGGAAAAGAGGAUGAAAAAUCCAGGAAAGUGACAGAGCGGCGAGGCAGGAAGCGACAAGAUGGCGGGAUUAAAGUCAAAGACAAACAGUACAAAUGCAAAGUGUGUUUUACCUGGUUCCUCACCCUCGGAGAGCUAAAUUUCCAUAAGCUGUCCCACAACCCAUCCCCUCCUCCCACCUGUUACAUGUGUGUGCAGCGUAAGUUCAGCUCCAGAGAGCAGCUGAGAGACCACCUAAGGGAAAAACACGCUAAAAAUAAGACAGGAAUCUGGACCUGCGGAAUGUGUUUGAAGGAGAUUUCAGAUGUUUGGAUGUACAAUGAACACUUAAGAGAACAUGCCACUCAAUUUGCCAGGAGAGGACAGUCUCAUGGCUCCAUGCUUGGUAUUUCUGGAUGCUUCAUGCAGGAAACGGCUGUGAAGAACUUUAUAUCCUCGAUCAUGCAGCAGAGACCCAGCAAAGCCAACAGAGAGUCAAGCAAAGCUACUAAAGAACAGGAAAGAGCAGCUGCAGGAGAAGUAAAAACCUUGGAGGGGGCUGAGACUAGAGCACACAAAACUAAAAGCAGUGGAGGAGGUGGAAAACAAAGCACUUUAACCCCAAUCGAGGUCCUCCACAAAACAGAGACGCCGAAAAGUGUCGAGAUGCAUCCAAACUGCAAAGAUCCUUCAAGAGACUGCCACCACUGUGGGAAACAGUUCCCCAAACCUUUCAAACUCCAGAGGCAUUUGGUGGUGCACAACCUGGAAAGGAUCUUCCUGUGCCACAAGUGCCCCGUUUCUUAUCAGGAGGCCCAGGAGCUCAAAGAGCAUCUGAGGAGAGCUCACGAGGAGGUGGACGAUCUGGAUUCGAAGCACACUACUCUUUACACUUGUGAGCUCUGUGCAGAUGUCAUGCAUGUGAUUAAAAAGUCUUUCAUCUGCAGCACUUGCAACUACACAUUCUCAAAAAAAGAGCAGUUUGACCGUCACAUGGAGAAGCACCUGUCAGGGGGCAAUAAAGUUUUCAAAUUCCGGGCCGUCCUCAGACCUGUCAAAGCACCUGCUUCCACAGAAAAUGAAUGCGAUUCACCAGCCAGUAAGAAGAAGAGGCUUCUCUCUGACAGUCUGCAAGAAAACAGCUCAGACAGCGGCAUCGCUAGUUUGAGCUCACUACACUUAAAUCAGAAUGCUGACACGCAGUGUUCAAAGCCCUGCGUGUCCACAGCUGAGGACUCCACUCAGACCGUCCCGAAUGAAUGCCACGACGAUUCAAGCAAUGCAAAUGUGAAAACGGAGGAUAUUACUGCAGACUGCUCCCAGUUGCUUGAAGACUUGGAGAACUGCAUUCAUCUGAGCUCAUCCAGAUCUGUGACACCCAAGAAAGAGGAACUUGAUGUGACUGUGUUACCUAACCUCGAUAAGGAGGAUGACAGGAAAUCGAUUACUGAAACGCGUGACGUAAAAGAAGAGGAUGAAUCAGUUUGCAUAAGAGCAGAAGGAACUUCGUGGGCAGCAUCUAAAGAAAGUAGCGUGGCUGGGGAAAAAGAGGUAGUUAAAGAUAAAACAGAUUUGCCUCCAGCAGUUUUUGAAAACUCUUCUGUCUGCUCAACAGAAAAUCAAAUUUUUCUGCAGACACCUGAGUCUGCAGAAUUAGCCGUUGAUGAGUUAAACCAGCAGGGGGAUGAUGAGCAGAGGCAUAGCACAUUGUCUUCUAAUGACACUAAACAGCAGGCAUUAUCUCAUGGUGCUGAGCAAGAAAGUAGCAGUCAGAUGAAAAAUAAUGCCACCCCAGCAACAACACCAGACAACACUAAAACCAGCACUGAAGCUGGAUGUGCAAAAACGACAGAAGCAACAGCGGCCCCUCAGUCCAAGGUUCCCCUUCUAGCAUCGGCUGCAACCGACGACAAGGACUUGGUGAAACCACAGAAGAGAAGGAAGGACAUGAAAUCAACAAACAACUUGCAGAGGGUGUCCUCACCUUUCACACAAGAGAACUUUGGUGUCGAUUCUAAACCCAAGAAGAAAUUUCGUCAGAGCAAGUCUGCAAAUCCCUCGCUGCAGAGGAAGCUGGACGGAGCCAACGAGUAUCCCGUGCUCUCCUCUGUACGGGAUGAUGUUGUUGGCAACAAAAUAAUUUCCAAGUGCAAGAAUGUAAACUUGAGCUUGCAGGCAAAAAGAGGUUUGCUUGAAAGCUGCACGCCAAAGAAGCCCGACACCAUUACACCUCAAAACACGGAGUAUAAAGCCAAAAGGGGACCUCUUGGGAGAUCUGUGCAUUCUCCUGUGUCUAAAGUGCCUUCAGUUCCAAUGAACAAUUCUUUAAACAAGCCAAAGCCAAAGAUGGGGGUCAGGGCAGUGGAGAGUAACUCUUACCGGACAGCAGAGUCACAGAACCACAUUUUGAGUCAGUUGUUUGGUCAAAAACUCACCAGCUUUAAGAUUCCUUUGAGGAAGGAUACAUCCGAAUCUAUAAACUGAGGGGGCGGGAUGGGGAUCUGUGAAUAAGAGUCUGUAAAUUUUUGCAGUUAUAAUUGUUUAAGACAAGUCAUUAUGGUGAAUGAAAUUGCACAGCUGUUUUCUGUGAAAUACUACCGUUAAUUACAUCCGUUGUCACUUUAUGUCUUCUUAUGUACAUGUUUUUUUAUUACACAAAUGUGAGGACAAAUGACAGAUAGAUAGAAACUAAAUAUUUAAUUGGGGACUUUAACAUCACUUGCAUAAAGGAGACUUUAAAAAAAAAGAAAUAAAAAAUCAUACUUGAAAACAAAGUAAAAUAAUGUUUUUUUAAGUAAAGCAUCUCCGUUUUUACAGAAGUUACAUUAUUCUUUUAGUCUGUUUUGCUAAAGGACCAAAUUGUGCCGUACCUUACUUGGACAUUUGUGCACCUUGGGUACAUGCUUCCAACCUUUUCAUUUUGUAUUGUUUUUACACUUUACUGUACUAGGUUGACAUUCAUUAUUAUAAGGCUUUUGUAUAAACACCUUGGUGCUACAUGUUGUUUAAAUGUAAUGUGAACGCCCAUGUCCUCAGAAGGGAGAUCAGUAGUAAUUACAACAUAUACAGCCAACUGUUUUUCUACUUUAUUGAACAUACUGUAUAAACCCAAAUCAUUCAUAUGUAGGCAGAUAAAACUCAAAACUUACAACAGCUUCUGGUGUAUACAUAAACUCAGGUGCUGAUGAGGACAUCGCAGUCCCUGGACCUGUAUUUGGAGUUCUUUCCAUGCACUGAUAAUACCACACACAAAUGACAAACUCAUUUAUCUGUGUCUGUAACUCCAAAUGUUUAAUUAUUAAUAGUAUUUACUUGGACAACAAAGGUGCUUUAUCUUGUUUAUACUGUAUGUACCUUCAUUGUAUAGUAUUGUAGGUAGAAUAUUGUUUGAUGUAAUGCUUCAUGACAAAGUUUUAUUUUAAUAAUGUGCAAAAUGAAUGACAUUGAAAAGAAAGGGAAACUGCUUGCCUUCUUGCAGGUUGUAAAGUGGUUCACUAAGUGCCUGUUUUACAGUUUGUUAUUAAAGAUCUGUAUUGGUCUCUUA